CAGUGCGGCCCAGCCUCCAGUUCUCGCUCACUUAGAAACAGGGGGAGGCCUCUUGGUACAUAAUUACACAAGUUCAACCCAGUGCUCAUAAAUUGCGGGUUGUCCUCCUGGGUGGCAAUGGAACCAUCGGGAUGCUCUCCGUCUUGUCCGAGCGAUCAUUCGUCGAAGGCAGCAGGUGAUAAUUGUCUCUGGGAGGUCAGCGACAAGGUCAGACUGCGUCGCCUUCUGUGCUACGGCUUCGAGGGAGACGUAUACACCGCCGCAAAAGAGGCUCGUCUGAGCACAGCGCAAGCGGGAUCCCUGAUUUCCAUGCUGCGAGAGGGCCGAGGUGUUGAAGCGGUGAACGAAAUCAAAAGCUUCGCUCGAGACGGUCGAGCUGUCACACGUGACCCCGUCGUAUUCGCGUUGGCCCUUUGCUCCCAACACUCUGAAGUGACGACCAAACGGGCGGCGUUUAAAGCCGUCAAGGACGUUUGUCAAGAUCCUGCCCAUCUCUUUUCUUUUCUCCAAUAUAAAAAAGAGUUGAAGGAGGACAUGAAGUGUGGAAUUUGGGGACGUGGCCUGAGGAAAGCCGUGUCCGACUGGUACAACGGGCAGGACGCCCUGAGUCUAGCUGCACUUGUGACCGGAUGUAAACAGAGAGAGGGAUGGUCACACAAGGAUGUACUCAGGCUAUCUCACACCAAACCAACCGAUGAAGCAAUUGCCUUGAUCAGCAAAUACGUGGCAAAAGGAUGGAAAGAGGUCCAAGUUGCCUAUGCCGAUAAAGAGAACCCGGAGGAAGUUGUCAAAGUGCUUUCAUAUCUCGACGUGGUGGAGAAAGUCAAGCACAGUUGUGAUGAAACGGAGGUCAUCAAUUUGAUUGAGGAGCACAAAUUGGAGAGGGAGCAGCUGCUGACCGCCCACCUCAAAUCCAAAUUUGUUUGGAGGGCUCUCUUGAAGGAAAUGCCGCUUGAGUCAGUUGUACGGAUUUUAGGAAAGAUGACAGCCAAAAAGGUUCUUCAACCCGGGGCGUCUGAAACCCAAGCACUGUGUGAGAGAAUCCAGAGUGAGGCGGCUCUAAAGAAGGCCAAGAUGCACCCUUUCAGUAUACUCUGGGCUUCGGAACGCUACAAACAAGGUCAAGGCUAUCGGGGUAAAACCAAAUGGGCAACAGAUGGCAGCAUCCUCAAAGCGCUGGACGUUGCCUUUUAUAAGAGUUUCCUGAAUGUCCAGCCGGUCGGUAAAAGCUUUGUUGUGGCUGUGGAUGUGAGUACGUCACUGAGCAGUGUCGUCCCGGGAACAGCAAUCAGCGAUGCAGUGGCUGCUGCACUCAUUACUAUGGUGUUUGCAAGAACAGAGCCGGACACCCAUGUCUUGGCCUACUCCGAAGGCGCUUUGGUGCCUUGCUCCAUAUCUGCUGACAUGACUCUUGCGCAAACAACCGAUGAACUCGUCAAGAUCCCCGGAGGAAGCACAGACUGCACUCUUCCCAUCGCGUGGGCCACGGAGAAUGGGAAAGCUGUUGAUGUGUUUGUCAUUUUAACCAACAACCCAUUGUGGACUUUGACUGCAAGCCCGUUGGCGUCACUUAAGAAACACAGACAAAAAACAGGAAGCCCUUCCAAGUUGGUGAUGUGCGGGUUGACCUCUAUUGGACACACCACGGCGGACAGCGAGGACCGAGGUGUCCUGAGUAUCUGCGGCUUUGACCUCGGAGCUUUUUGCGUCAUUCGUAAUUUGGCGCAGGACCUCAUAUGAACGUGCUCAGCUUCUGACUGUAACAUGGAGGAACACGGUCACACAAAAUGUGGUCAUUUUUUUUUACAAUGUGUAUUUUUUCUGCUGACAAGUGUCCAGCAGGCUGGACAGCAAUGUUUCAUUCUAAUAUUCAUUUGUUUGUCUUCCCUGAAAAGGACUCGAUUGCAUAUUGUGCUGUAAAACUGUAAAGCACCGACACUCAUCCGUUUGUUUGCUGUAAAUAUUCGAUGGCUGUCCGCACGGAGACAGACGAUAGUUUGCGGGCAUCUCGUGCAACUCAAUGGCUUUUGAUUGGCUGUUAGAAGCGUCGUUUGUACUGAGUGCACAACGUUUCCAUCAUUGUGUCUUAACCUUGAUGAAAAUUUCACGCUGCUACCAUUCUCCCUUUCUUUCAUUUUGUGUAGCAAAAUAUUUCUGUUUAAGACGGUUUCAUUGGUGGAAUGAAAAGGGACAUGCUAUCACAAUGUCAAAAUUAUUGUUAAUAUUUGUUCGACAUGAAUAUUAUCGGUGCUCUUAAGUGCACUGAUGCAUUUUGAAGAAUGGUUUUCCAUGCGCCAUAUUUGUAUGUCUGAAUAUGUUUGAUGCAACUCAGAUGUACGAUUUGCGUCGUAUUUGUGGUUGAAUUGUAAUUUAUCCAGCAAAAGCAAAUGGUAGUUAUUUAACACUGCUUUAUCUCUGUGUAACCUGUUACAAUGUGCAAGAAGAUGCUAACAUAAUAUGCAUAUAUAAGGAAGGAAAAAAUGAACUGAAUGUACUUUAAUACAAGUUAACUGAAUAUUAAGGCAUUUUUUUCCCGUAAUACUGCGCUUUGAUAAGUGACAUGACAAAAAGAUGUCACCUUUGCCACAUCUACAUUAUGUUUUGAUCAUAAACAUCCUGCCAAGUUUUCAUCCAACACUUUUAAUUCGCCAUUGUGUUUCAUGGAAUUGUCACAAAAUGUUCAUGUUAUAUAAACGUUGAAGGUGAGUAUUUGAAAUAACUAGCUGUCAAUGACUGAUAUUAAACACUAUUUUUACUAUUGUAUGAGCUCA